AUCAUGCCGAAACUUUAGUCAAUUUGAUGGAUAACGAAAAUGAUGAAAAAGCAUCUGAAGAAAAGAUUGAAAAUGAGUACGAGAAAAAUUUCAAAGAAACCAUCGGCGAGACUACUGCCUCACAUGAAAUUCAUCAAACAAAAUCCUUCCAACAUGAAGAACAGAUUAAAACCGCUGACGCCGAAAUGAUAAAAGAAAGUAAUGCCAAAGAAACCACUGACGAAGCUGUUAAGGCGGUUGAAACAACUCUUCAAGAUAAGCAAGAGUUAACCGACAAACAUGUUAAGAUUACUAAUAUUGAAACAACAAAUGAAAUUAACCUAAAGGAAACCAUUGGAAAAAUCAGCAAAGAUCUUGAACCAAUAUCCGUUAGUGAUAUUCUCCAUCCCGAGCUUUUACAACACGAACAAGUACUUGAGAGUGUCGGUGAAGUUAACUCAACAUCAAAACAUGAUAUUAAUAUUGAAUUAUUCCAGCAUGAGCAGGUGUCGGUAGAGGAUGAUGUUGAACCAACACCAACCGUUGGCAUUCCUUAUGUAGAGUCGUCUCAACAUGAUCAAAAGUUAACGGAACAAACUAAGGCUACUGAUACUGAAAUAAUCGAUGAAAGUGCUAUUAAAGAAACCAGUGAAGAAAUCAAUGCAGUUAACGUUUCACAUAUGGAGCCCUUACAGCACGAACAAGAUUUAACAGUGGAGAAUAUGGAGUCCUUACAGCACGAACAAGAUUUAACAGUGGAGAAUAUGGAGUCCUUACAGCACGAACAAGAUUUAACAAGGGAGAUUAUGGAGUCCUUACAGCACGAACAAGAUUUAACAAGGGAGAAUAUUGAAAUUACUGAUACAUCUGCCAUUGAUGUACCUUAUCCUGGGUCCUCCCACCUAGAACAAGAAUUAAUCAAAGAACAAGUUAAAGUUACCGACAUUAAAAAGACAGAAGAAAGUGCUACUGGAUUAUCAUCCGCUAUUGAUGUUCCUUAUACUGAACCCAAUAAAGAGUUGGUUGAAGACCAAUUUAAAACUGCCGAUAUUGAACCGAUAGGAGAGAUCCCUAAUGAAAAUGUCGUUGAGCGUGAAAGUGGACAUCCUGUAAUUGACACUCUACCGUUCGGGGCACCUGAAA